CCCCAGCCCAGACUCCUCCAACCAGACCCCCACUGGAACCUCCCUAGGCGGACCGCCCCCAGCUGGACCCCCAGCCGGACCCCCAGCGGAACCUGCCACCAGACCCCCCAGCUGAACCUCCAACCGGACCCCCAGCUAGACGACUAGUCCGGACCCUCGCCGGACCCCGGCCUGCUGCAUCUUUGUCCGGCCCCGGCCCUCUGCCCAGCACACAGCGGGCGGCUCCCACCAGCCUGCCCGCACGGCGGUUCGGGAUCCUGCAGGGCUACGUCUCCACCGGGGAGCCCUCCGGGCAUCCCGUGCAACUCCCGGCCUCCACGCCGGGCGUCCUGCCAGCCGGGGUGCCCGCAAGCCGGCGUGUGCCCCGAGCCUCCGUGCUCCCUCCGGCCAGGGCGCCGUCUUCCGUCUCCGAGCCGCCCGCCCCUCUCCAGCCCGGGGCGCCUUCGGUCUCCUCGCCGGGUGCCCUCUCCGAGCUCCGGCCCGGGUUGCCGCUCCCCACCCCCGGGCGCGGGUCUCGGCCCGGGAUGCCGCGGGGCCGGGCGUGAGGCCCCAGCGGGCGCGUGGAUGCGGGCGGCCCGGCCCCGGGCCACGAUGAUGCAGCGGCCGCUGGGCGCCAGCGCGGCCUUCAGCAUCGACUCCCUGAUCGGCAGCCCGCCGCAGCCCAGCCCCGGGCCCUUCGUCUACACCGGCUACCCCAUGUUCAUGCCCUACCGGCCGGUGGUGCUGCCGCCGCCGCCCGCGCUGCCCCCGCCCGCGCUGCCCCCGCCCGCGCUGCCCCCGCCCGCCGGCUUCUGCCCCGGCCUGGCCCCGGGCAUGGCCCUGACCUCCACGCUCAUGGCCGCGCUGCCAGGCGCCUUCCCCGCUGCCCCGCAGCACCAGGACGCCGCCGCCCGCAAGUUCCCUCCGCAGCCUCUCCCCUUUGACAAGGCGGACGCGCUGCCGGGCGCCCCGGACGCCAAGGCCUUCGCGGGCAAGGAUGGCGGGCUGCUGGCCUUCGCGGCUGAGGCGGUGCCCGCCGCACUGGGGGGCCCGGCCCGGGGUCCGGGGAAGGAGGAGGCCCGGCCGGAGGACGAGCCCAGAGGCAAGGAGGAAGGUUGCUCUCUGGAGAGCGACCUGGACUACAGCUCGGACGACAACCUGCCGGGCCCCGUGGCCGCCCGGGGGGACGUCGAGGCGGGCGCGGCCCCCGAGGAGACCCCGGUCGGUGGGGGCGCGGGGGCGGCGGCCCCCGGGGGCGGUAAGAACCGGCGUCGACGCACGGCCUUCACCAGCGAGCAGCUGCUGGAGCUGGAGAAGGAGUUCCACUGCAAGAAGUACCUGUCCCUCACGGAGCGCUCGCAGAUCGCGCACGCCCUCAAGCUCAGCGAGGUGCAGGUCAAGAUCUGGUUCCAGAACCGCCGCGCCAAGUGGAAGCGCGUCAAGGCCGGCAACGCCAACUCCAAGACCGGGGAGCCCUCGCGGAACCCCAAGAUUGUGGUGCCCAUCCCCGUGCACGUCAGCAGGUUUGCCAUCCGCAGUCAGCACCAGCAGCUGGAGCAGGCCAGGCCCUGAGGCC